UUUCUCUCCCUCUUUAUCUUUUUUUUUUGGCGAUCUCUCCCUCUCUCACAUAUUUUAACAGUUUCUUCGCUGGUAAGAACGGAAGAACGAGCUACACCCACCGCCUUCAACCCGAUUCCGCCAUAGGAUCCGACUCGCAUCGCUAAUUUACUCGUUCUCUCACAUUUUUUACGAUAUUACAACAAAUUUCAAAUACCAUGGAGUCGCAAUCUGGUUCUUGAAGUUUCGAGGAAUUGGUCUUUAUUCUAUUCGAUUUCGACGGCAAGUUAGGAAUUAGGGUUUUUAAUUGAAGCAUUGUUUUGAGGGGUGGAAUUUUUUAAUUCCGAUUUCUAGGGUUUUUUUGUUCGGUUUCAACACGGGGAAGAUAGGAGUGGGUUAAGAGGAUAAUGUGUAUACUCUGUGUGAUCCAGAAGUGGUCUCGCCGGGUUGCUACUAUGCUACCUUGGUUAGUUAUUCCUCUUAUAGGAUUGUGGGCUCUCUCACAGCUUCUGCCACCUGCCUUUCGAUUUGAGAUAACCUCACCCAGGCUCGCCUGUGUUUUUGUGCUCCUGGUCACUCUUUUUUGGUAUGAGAUUUUGAUGCCUCAGCUGUCUGCUUGGCGUGUGCGUAGAAAUGCACGGUUGAGGGAGCGAAAAAGGUCUGAAGCAAUUGAAUUGCAGAAGCUUCGAAAGACUGCUACGAGGAGGUGCAGAAACUGCUUGACACCGUAUAGGGAUCAGAAUCCAGGAGGUGGUAGAUUUAUGUGUUCUUAUUGUGGUCAUAUUUCCAAGAGGCCAGUUUUAGAUUUGCCUGUACCUCCUGGAUUGGGAAUGUCAAAUUCUGGGAUUAUCAAGGAUCUGGUUGGCAAGGGUGGAAAGAUACUGAAUGGCAAAGCAUGGUCUGACAAUGGAUGGAUGUGUGGUCAGGAUUGGUUAGAAAAUGGCAAUUGGGUUGGUGGAUCUACUGGGAAAUCUAAUUAUUGGCGGAAGAAUGGGAGUGGGUAUUUUGGAGGUGAUGAGAAUUGUUUGGCUGAGAAAUCUUAUUCAGGUGUUGUAAUGUUUGCAUGCAAGUUGUUGACUUCCUUUUUCUUGAGCAUUAGGUGGAUUUGGAGAAAGAUUUUUAGAAUUAGUUCAUCAAGGGAGGAUUCUUCUUCUGAUGCCGAUCAUAGGGGGAUGUUAGCUAAAAGAGCUGAGAUUGGGUCAAACUAUCAUGAGAGUAGAGGAGAAAAAGCCCGCAGAAAAGCUGAAGAGAAAAGACAGGCUAGGUUAGAGAAGGAGCUUUUGGAGGAGGAAGAAAGAAAGCAAAGAGAGGAGGUUGCAAGAUUGGUAGAGGAACGUAGGAGGCUGAGGGAUGAGAAAAUGGAGGCUGAGAAAGAUCGAACAAAAUCUUCACAACCUACCAGGGAGAAAGAUAGUAAGAAGGAAGCAGAGAGGAGGCGUCAGGAAAGAAGGAAAGAAAAAGACAAGGGGUCGAGUAAGAGUAAUUCUGAUGCUGAGGAGUUGGAGAAGAAAGCAGGUAAGGAAUGUGAGCGGAAGCGGGAGUAUGAGAAGAAGAGUGAAACUGACCGCCGGGAGCAUCAAAAAUCCGGGACAGACAGUUUGAAAGGCCAGAGCAGUGAGUUAAGACAUGGGUUAAAGCAUUCAUCUGCAAGUAAUUAUAGCCGUGGAAAUGCGGGAGCUAGGUAUCUGGAUCGAAUGAGGGGUACAUUUUUGUCGUCUUCUAAAGCUUUUACAGGAAGUGGUUUCUUUGGAAAGACUGCUUAUACUCCUGCUAAUGUUACAAAAGAAAAUAAGUUUAACAGUUCUGUAGACCACAGCCACACAUCUGCCUACAGGAGGGAUAUCUGUCCACCUGAUCGUGUAGCUGGGAAGUUAAGUAUGAAUGGAGAUGAGAAGAAUGUAAAUCAUCCUGUGUUUUCUGAACCACAACCAAGGACAGCACCUAAAAAAUCAUGGCAACAGCUAUUUACACGGACAUCACCAAAGAUUCCAUCCUCGAAUUCAAAUGUCAUUAGCAGGCCUAAUUGUAAGCCGCAGUCAGAAGUUCAAAGCCCACAGUUACAAGGGCAGUCAUUAUUGUUGCAAUCUUUUGAUAAUCCGAUCAGUUUUGGGUUGCCAUCACCAUUUACUCUCUCAGCAUAUCCAAAUACACCCAUUAGCACUAGUUUAGGCUUCUCAUCUCCCAUUGAACCCAUUUUUUCUAAUGUUGUUGAAGGGCCACAUGACUUUACGCCUGAGGAACCUGAGCUUUUUGAAGAUCCAUGUUAUGUUCCUGAUCCAAUAUCACUGCUUGGGCCUGUAUCAGAGUCGCUUGAUAAUUUUCAGUUGGACCUGGGGACUGGUUUUGCAUCAGACAUAGGAUUGGAAAGGCCUCAUGCAUUGAAGAAUUUAUCUGCCUCUUCUGAAGUGAACAAGCCAUCUCCAAUUGAGUCUCCAUCAUCACGACUCCGAAUUGCUGAUGAAAGGCACAAUGGUUCUAAUUGGUUCCCAACUACUCCUAAGGCUCAAGAUUCACACACACUGCCUGUGGAUGAUGUGCAUGUGAAUGAGAAGGGAACAUGGCAAAUGUGGAAUAGUUCUCCUCUUGGUCAAGAUGGUUUGGGUUUGGUAGGUGGUCCAGGAAGCUGGCUUCUACCUCCAGAUCAGUGCAGAUCAACUAAGGAAGAUGUGCUGCAGUCUUCGUCUCAGAAAACUAUGGCUUCCCUUUUUUUAACAGAUGACCAAGUUCUUUCUGGUGCUCAUUCUCCAGAGAAUGUUUUUCUUGGCAAUGGUCAGAAUGGUGGAGCAUUUAGUCCAGUCACUUGUUCAAGUGGUAAUGAUCCAUGGUUGCAGAAUCCAUUUUCCCCCCCGUUUUCUGGGAGUGAUAGUCAUUUCUCUCUGAAACCUCAGAAAGAGAAUGUUGAGAAUGAAAUAAUUUAUGGGAGUCCUACAAACACUGCAACCAAUCAUCCUUUUGAGCUUUCUCCAGCUAAUUGUUGGUCCAAGAAAGACUGGACCAUGCGAGGUUCAGGGGAAGGUGUUGGGAAGCCAUCUUCCACUAGGCCCAAUAUUGGGGGUCUAUUUCCAAGCCCAGAUGUACAGUCGCUUUGGUCAUUUGAUUAAAAAAAGAAAAAAAAAAAAAAAAAAAAAGGAGUAAGAAUAUGAGGGAGUUGAGUACAGCCAGUGUCCAGAAGAUGCAAACUUCCUGUGUUAAAGGAGAGUUUAAAGAGUACUGGACGGGAUUGUAUGCAUCCUCUUCUUUAUAAGUUGAUUUUACUUAACGUUACGUUAGCAUUGGAUAGGAAUACAUGUGGCAUGCAUCAACUUGUGCAUCAGGUAACAACUAGGUGUCCUACAAUUCCAAAAUCUUUCUCACUUCUUUCGUUGUGAUCAGGUGAGGAAAAAUCUUUUAUUUUGAGAUAUUUAGUGAAAUUAUACUAACA